AUGAAACAGGAACAAAGCCGUCGUUUGGUGUUGAUCUCGCACCCUCGAACCACCUCAAAUUUACUUCUUAAAGUCCUCAAUUUGGAUGAGCAACCCGACAUCCUGCAACUUCCGUUAGACCGCAAAAGCACACAUCUGUUCCUCCCGGGAAUCAAAGUGAGAUUCGAAAAUGGUAUACAAGCCAAAAGAGUAUGCGACUGGUCAGAAGAGGAGAUCAGUACUACUGUUCAAAAUUACAAGGAGGUUCUUGAAGAGCUCGACAUAUAUGCGUCUCGCGCAGAUAAGGAAGGCAAGAUUGCUUUUUUCAGAGAGCAUAGUGGGGCGCUUAUGGAUCCAGUCGCACAAACACGAUUCUACACUGGAGAGACUUCCGUCCGAGAAACUUGGCGAAUCGAAACACCAGACAGACUAAGCGCCUACCGCUCUCGGCUGAAUGACACGUUACUCCCAGACGAUUUCAUGAAGGACUGGCUACCGACUUUCAUCAUUAGGCAUCCUGCUUUGGCUUUCCCGUCGUUCUGGCGCGUUCUACAGGCUUCAAACAGUACUCAAGAGGAGCGAAUCCGGGAUGGAGAAAUUGUGAACACCUACCGUUGGACCCGGUCUAUAUAUGAUUGUUACAGUAGUACCUUUGGUAUGGACGGCAUAAUUCUAGAUGCUGAAGAUAUCAUCGCAAAGCCUGAGGUGCUCGUCAGUUAUUGUGAGAGAGUUGGGCUGGAUCCCUCCAAAUUGAAAUUUAGCUGGAAUGCCAAGUACACGAGCGAGGAGCUUCAGCAACACAAGAACCAGGAUCCCCGACAUCACGCGUUCAUGGCAACUGUGGACACAUCAUCUGGAAUCUUGAAAGGUAAAGCGCCAUCUCAUGUUGACAUCGAGGCGGAAAUACAGAAGUGGCAAGAAGAGUUUGAUGAAAUAACUUGCGCGAAGCUAGAAAAAUGGGUUAGGGCGGCCACUACAGACUAUGAAUAUUUGAGAAGUAAGAAGUUAAGUGCUUAG